UGUUAAUAAGUUGUUCCAUAAUUAUCAACUAGGUAUAUUAAGACACUUCAUUCCUUAUGUUCCAAUACGAGUAUUUUACUCAGCUUGCUGCACAUGUUCGAUUCCUUUUUAAUCCCCAGUGGCACAGAGAUUUCAUGACACUGUGGGCAGCCGAUAUUUUCUCCCUUUCUCCCUGUUGUACGUAAAGGAUGAUAGAACGAGAGCCGAGAGGGUCUUUUGGUAUCGUAGGUGCAUGAAAAUACACAAAUCAAAGCAAAAGAAGAGUCGUAUUGAGACCUUCUCAGCAUAAAGGCAAAGGGGGUUCCCUCCUUGUCACGUUCGAAACCAGCUAAGCCCUCUCUCUCUCUCUCUCUCUCUCUCUCUCUCUCUCUCUCUCUAGGUUCGAGAAAGUGUAUGCAACAGAAUCCAAUCCAACCUAUAAAGAAUACAAUCACCCUUAACUCCAUGAAGUAAAAAAAACUGACAAACCCCAAACCCUUAAAAAAAAUUCUUGCCUUAGCUAAUCUGAUAAACUUCCCUUUCUCUCCUAUUCUCUUCCUUCCUCCAGUUCUUUUAUAGACCCAAUUAUUAUAACCACAUUCAUCAUGCAAUGAUAGUCUUGUUCUGUACUUGUUUACUUGAUCUGUGUCUUUGAUAUACAGAGGGCAUCUUCUCCUAGAAAAAUAAAAUAUAGAAUGAAAAAUAUGGGUGGCAGUAGUACUAGUAGUCGUACUUCUUUGCUUUUCAAGAUCAUGCUUGGAGCACUAGCAUUAGUGGGGUUUAUUUUUCUUUUGUUGGUUGGUAACCAGGAAAGUGGAAGAGCAAAAAUGGAGACAGCAUUAUCGACUCAGUCUGGUGCAAAUUUCAAAGGCAAGGAGAAGCUUGUCGACCAUCCGGAGUUGGAUCUCAACUACAUGAGCAAAAGAAGAGUUCCCAAUGGACCAGAUCCUAUACAUAACAGGAGAGCUGGGAACUCUGGAAGACCUCCUGGUCAAAAAUCCUAGACAUCAUCAAGUUCAACAAGCUUCAUGAAACUCAAUUAAUUUGCAGGAGAUGAUGCAAGCAUGUUUGUAUUUCUUAGAUAUGGGCCUAUAGAUAACCCUGAAAAAUACUCAAGAAUCCAAUCAUGCAUGCAAAUCUUAUUUUACAAUUACACCUAUUUGUUAUGGGGGAGUAAAGAAAAGGAAGCUUGUCGCACACAAAAUACACUCAAAAGAAUCCCAGACGAAGAUUAAUCAGCCUUUGUAGAAAUUCCACUUCAGUUUUUUUGCAUUCUCUUUGAUUAUUUUUUUUAGAGUGAGAAAUAGAGAGUGAGCAAUUUUAGCAUAUGAGUAUCAAUCUUUGCAUGUAAAAGACCAAAAAUAUAAUUAAGUUAAUAGUAAGCAUAGCAUGCAUAUCUACGAGCGAGAUUUGAAGAACCCAAAAGAUGUCCUGGCAUACUUAGCAGUGAUAUGCAUGCAUGGGAAGGGUACAUGUACCGGUCACUAUCUAUCAAAGUCAUCUUUGGCUUUGGAUUUGUUCAGAGUUUUAAACAUAUAUUUUAUUCCAUUAAUUACUUUAAAGA